AGUUAGCUCUCACCAUGAUCAAGCAACCAAGCGUUAGCCUCGCCCCAAACACCAGCUGCCAGCCGCAGCAUGCGCUGGCCCGUGCUGCAGCUGGAUCGGCUCGGUCUCGCCGUAUUAGCUGCCUGCACCUCGCCGUGCUGCACGUCGGGCGCCACCAUGCACGGGCUCUCUGUUCCCAUGAAUCAGCUUUCUCCGGCGCCAAUAACAAUACCAACCACGACGUCAAAUUAAGGCCGCGCAAGUUCUUCGAGAUGGAGAUGAGCGUCCGCGACUGCGAGCUUGACCAGUAUGGCGUUGUCAACAACGUUGUCUACGGUAGUUACGUCGAACGAGCACGAGAGGAGUUGGCUGAAUUUCUCGGAGUAAGCGCAAGCACGGCAGCGUGCACAGGCAACGCGAUGGCAGUCUCGGAGCAGAACUUCAAGUACUUCACCCCUCUGAAGCGCGGGGACAACUUUGUUGUAAAGGUGACAAUACAGAUCAAGGGUGUACGUAUAUACGCUGAUCAAUUCAUCGAGACGUUGCCUGAUCGCAAGCUCGUUUUGGAAGCGAAGGCCACCAUCGUCUGCCUCGACGGAGAAUACCGUCCAACUCGCGUGUUCCCGGAACUGUCCUCCAAGGUGCUGGACUUCUUCUCGCACAGGGAAGCUAGCGAUUAAUGAUUUCGGUCACAAGACUCGUCGAAGUAACAAGCUAUGAUGUAGUAUCGGUUUAUGGGUGCAUGAUGCAUGAGGCAGAAGAGAUCUCAAGUUUUACCUGUUAUUCACCAUAUAAUGUACGUGUGUUUUACCGUGCCUCCAAUAUCAAAUUUCAAGUUAAUUAAAUUCUGUAUGGUUGUGGAUGUUACUAUACUAUAUAU